UUCAGAAUGCAAAGAAGCCCCUGGUUAAUAAACACACCACUGAUAUUAUACCAUAUACUGGUCAAGUUCAAGACGAUGAAAGUGAAGAUGAAGGUGAUGUUUAUGACAAUGACAAUUCUGCGAGUAUGUUGAGUAAAGGAUGUGGUUUGUUACCUAAUUUACAUAUUAGGAAUUCAUUGUCCUUGUUAAAUCCUGUGGCUGGAAUUAAAAUGAAGAACCAAGGUCCCUUGAUUUCUGCUUCUGAGGUUGGAAAAACUAACAAAAGCUCUCAUAUUAGAUCUUUUAGUCCAGUUCCAGCAGUAAAGAAGGCUUGGGAAGCAAUUCACAAGAACAAGUCAAGCAAUGUAGUUGCACCACUUGAGAUUGAAUCAAACAGGUUUGGUUUUUCGGGCGAGCUUCUAGGUAGAGUCUCUCCCUUUCGGCGUUCACGAGCUGCUGCUGCAGGCAUAUCUCCCUGCAGAAGUAAACCACAAUCUCCAUUUCAGGGCGUGAAGUUGCUCGGUGAUGCUAAAGAAACUGAAAUCAAUAAAUCAGGCAAUUUGAAAUUCUACAGCACUGGACUUGGUAAAGUACAAGGGGUUCCAAACCAAGGAGCCAAAAGAAGUUCAUAUUUAGGAAGUUUGGCAAUUGAAAAGACAUUGUAUAUAGACAUUAUAUCAUGUUUGAUUUGAAAACAUGAUAUAAAUUUUGUUUUGGAUUAUUGCAAUAGUAUUUCAAUUGAAGAUUAA